AUGCGGAAUAUACAUAGGCCUACUCUGCCUAUUCCCUUCCGCCCUGUCGGGUGGCGGAACGCGAAUCACGCUUCCCCCGCGCCGCUCCUGCCCGUUUUACACGGGCAAGAAAUUCCUGAAAAAAACGCUGGACUCCGCCACGUGGCCGCACCAUCCGCCGGAGAUCCCGAGGGCAUCCGGGGCGACACGCGCCGCAACUGGGCGUCCGGGGGAAUGAUCGGCGCAAGGCGGUGGCAGUGGAGGGGGGAAAAGAAGGACCUCUCGGCGGAAGCCGCAGGGGAAGCCGUGGGGGAGGAGGAGGACGACGGGGGGAAUGCGGCCGCCGCGCGCACCGCACCUCGAUCAUUGUCUCAAGCUGCUGCCGAUUCGGGCGAUACUAAUACAUUAGGCAGCAAUGUAGGCAGCAGUACCACUGACAGUAGUACCAUCCAGAUUGAAAAGCUCAAGAGGGGAAUCGCGCGGCCCAUUUCCGGCGCUAGUGGAGCCACUAAGACUCCCCUCUCCAGCUCAUCCACGUCAGCAUCCGCGUCAGCGACGACCCCCAUCGGCAUCAGCCCGCAUUGGAGCUAUUACUGUACGGACAGAUGCGGUGUCAUGUGGAAACCAAUUCGAGUGUACGUGGUGUGGUACGGUUACUUCUCCGAGGCGCAGAAGCACCUCGUUCGUACGCUCACCAGGUCGUUCAGUCCGAGCGACGAUCCCGCCGUUACAGUUCCCCUCUGGUGGAACAUCAACCGGCUUUACUACGACCAGCAGGGGCGUUUCAUCUCGUCGAACGUAACGUGGGUGAAGGAAAAAGAUGACACGGGGUACUCCCGGGGGAAGAACCUGUGGCUGGAUGACGUGGAAGCAGUGGUCGCCACGGCCAUUGCUACGAGCGAGCUGCCUUAUGACGAGGAUGGAGUGUACUUUGUGCUCUCGGACCAAUACGUGAACCAGCAUCGCUACAACCUCGCUACAUCCUACAAGAUGCAAGAUCCUUCCUUCUCGCCUCUCCCUCUCAUCGCCUGUCGCCCCCCAACGCCCCUCAAACCCCCUCCCUUGUCCCCGCAGCAAUGGAGCACAACGGACAAGUUCUGCGCCACGUUCUACGGGUGGCACUUCUUCGGCUCCCCACUCGGCCCUUCACAUCCCCCCUCAUUCCUUCCUCUCCCCCCUUCCCUUCCCCCGUCCCCGCAGCAAUGGAGCGCAACAGACAAGUUCUGUGCCACGUUCUGCGGGUGGCAUUUCUUCGGCUCCGCGCCCUCCCAAGGCAGCUUUAUCUACUCCUGGGUCGGCCGCGCCGACCGCCUCUGCCCCACGUCCUGUAUCGCGUCUGACAUUCGCACGGCCAGCAAGGCACCGAAUAAAGACGUGGGCAUGGAUGCUCUGCUCUCCGUGUUCGCGCACGAGCUGGCAGAGGCGGAGGAAUGA